UACAAGGAUUUACGUUGCAUGGCAAAGGUAAUCUCGAAUACACCCAACGUCGAAGUGGAUUACAACGUCUUAGUCGUGCUCAAAGGCAUAAUACAAUCUCGAAAAGGGUUUGCAACGUAGUGUGUCCGCAAUCAAGACAGAGGAACGAUCACACCGACCAUGACGAGAAACAAUAGGUGGCGACGUCGCAUCAUACGGUUGUUGGAGCAUGUCCUCGAGGACCUACAACGCCGGCCUCCCAGCCUUGAGCAAGCCGCGAUCGUGGACAAACUUGCAGCUCUGAGCAAUCGUGCCGACAGUAUGUUCGAGGGCCUUGAGCCAGUCGAGGUCACCGAGUCGCUCUACUACACCAGACAAAUUGAGAUACCUCACAAGGAGGAUCACACACGUUACCGGCUAAAGGACUGUGCUGAAGACACGGCUUUUGCUUUAUAUUGCUUCAUGCAAGAUGCAACCUAUCUCCGACUAUUCUCGAUACGAGCCUGGCAUGAGUUUGCCAUUGGACAGAUCGGCAUACAUACUGCAACCUUUUGUAUGAACAGUGCCGACGCGCAAAUCAGAGACAUGACAGAAGAGCUUCUGGAUACUUUCGAUUACUUCGAUGAUACCUGGACGACUCGUAUGCACCCAAAAAUCGAUGCAUUCAUGCGACAGCAUUGCGGUAACGACGCACUAGUGGCUGGAAUUCCUCUUGAUAAGAUCAAACCCGACUGCGAAGACGUCACCUUUGCAAGGCAUGCAACGCGAAGACUAGGCUUCUAUGCCUGCACUCUGAUGUGUGUGAACACAACGCGGUUACUGUUCGAGGCCUUUCUUGGAGAUCCUGGUCGAUAUUUGGGCGCAAACUUGGACGAAAUGUGUUUGCUAAAGUCUCUUUACCAGCUACGGUGUCUUGAAUGGCUAGAAGAUGAAGUCUCAUCAGAUAUCAAGCUCGACUGCACGUACCGGAUAGCGUGUGCCCUUGUGUUGGGUCAUAUCGACACCGAUGCUGUUUUUGCUGCACAGAUGUUACUCGAUAUCCAACAGCAGGUCAGUCCUCGUAUCAUCAGUAUUGAUGACAUACUCAAUCACAUUACUCAAGAUUAUCUUGAUCUUUACCAGGCCUAUCGCCCAGCGUGGGACAAUGAGAGGCUGAUGGCGUCCCGUCCGUGGACCGUACAGCGCAUGUGCAAACAGUACUCUCGUUUUGAUAAACUUGCCGAACACCCACAAAAUAUAAUUAUUCAAGAAGUCAUGGAGCAUUGGGAGCACGCUACUGGAAGGAAUUAUACGAUUCCGGGGUUUCGACUUACACAAUAUGUCCCUUCGCUCAUCGGACAACGCGCGACUCUGUAUCGCAUCCGGUUUCAAAUUGACUUCAUGCAUGUCGUCAAUGAAACCGGACACGUUCUAACAGCCAUCCAUCUUUACAACGCUGCAAGAAACUCUGGAGCACUGCAGCUUCAAAGAUGGGAGGACAUGGAAUGGUUCAUGGACCACCAGUCCCUCUUUAAAGUCUUCGCCGGCGAACCACCAGCGGCGAACAUAUUAUACGCUUGCCAGUUUUGUCUAGCUUAUGGCCUUGAUGCGGCCAAAUUCGCAGUCAAUCGCAGACCUGCAGUAAUGCGGCGAGUCAAAAACGAUAUCUACAUUGAAGGUGUCCCACCCAGAGGUUUGGAAAGUUGUUCACAACUUGUAAGAAUAUCCGACAAUAACACGACUUACCCGCAGCCUCGAUCUAUUCUGAAGACCACCGAAGAACUUGCUAAGAUUCAUCUGAAUGUUUUCUCGCCCUACGGUACACCCAACAAAAUGGGGAUUCUCAUCGCCGCCAAAGAGUCACACGAGAGCGACGAUGAGGCGCUCAGUUUUGACAUCUUCAAAUUCCAUCUGAAGUGUGCUCAACUGCUGACAAACAUUCGUGACCUCUGUCUCAAAGAAGCACCAGACGACUAUCCUACCAUGACAUUUGGUGGUGAAGAUGGCAUUAACCCCACAAUCGCAGAGCUUCUCCGCGACCUGACUGACUCUCCACGUUGCCACGGAAGGAUGUGGCCCAAAGCUGUCAAGUUGCUGGACAAUGUGAUCCAAAGGGAAGGUUCGGAAUGUCUCGACAUGGCCUUUGAGCGUAUGAAAAUGACAACGCUGGAUCCCGUCCACAGAGAUAGCGGUAUGUCCAGUUCGGAUCCAAAUACCCCGCAAAAGACUUCGCCUCGUACAUCACUCGAUGGGAAAUGAGAGAGCGAUGAUAGAGCGUCUAGUGUCCACACAAUUCAGGGAAUCCAGAGCACCAAGGAACUAGUCAAUUCAGACCAGACCCCCCAAGAUGUCUCAGCUGGGCAGAAAUCGCCUAGUAGCAGAUGAGGUAGGCUCAUGAGAUCCGUACAAGAUUAUGCUGAAAUGGUAUAGUUCGCGUCGAGUAGAGAUUGAGAACUUAGACUGCUCGAAGCAGUAGCGCAUUCUGG